UUUUUUUUUUUUUUCAUUUCCUUUCUUUCAUUAUAUAAAAGCAAUAAUUCCAAUUCAAUUUACACCCUGAUUUUUUUUUGAAAUAUAUUUAAUGGAUUUUAUUAAUAUUUUGACAUUAUUGUUCUGAUAAAAAAAAUUGGUUAUUUCAUAUUUACUAUGUGUGGUUAUUAUUAUGCAGUUAGAAAAGGUUUUAGACCCGGAGUUUAUCCAACAUGGAAUGAAUUGAUGCAACAAAUUGCUGGUUAUCAUGGCGCUGACUAUAAAAUAUUUGAUUCCUCUGAAGAAGCUUGGAAAUUUGUUUUAUCGAGUCCGAAUUAAGCUAUUGAUAAAUUAAGAGAAAUUAUGAAUUCAAUCAAAAUGUUAAUUCAUUUAAUUAUAAUUGUUUAAUUAUUAAUGUUUAAUCAUCAAUCAUUGACUAUUAAUUUUUGUUCUUUAUUUAUCAUCAGUCACUUCCGACUCAUCGGUUAUCAUUUAUUGUCUAUCACUUAUCG